AUGAAAAAGUUACAUUUAUUAUCUAGUACUGAAAGUAAUCUUAUUCUAAUGGCUUCUUUAAAUCAUAAUUCUUAAUCAGAAUAUUACGAUGAUAAUGUUGAAAAAAGAGUUCAAUAUAUCUAAAAUUAUUUAUUUAUUCUUGAACAAAAUGUUUAGGGAUAGUAUGUUUAAGAAGAAUAAAAAUAAAAUGCAAAGUUUUGGUAAUAACCAUUAGAGUUCAUAUAUUAUCCAGAAUAUAAUAUAACAACUCAGUCUUUUUAAUCUAAACAAAGUUCUUAGUUUUUGAUAAUCAAUUAUAAUACUAAAUUAAUUCAAUAUGCUGACAUGAAUUAAUUCAGUUUUUUAGAUUUUAAAAACUAAAUCUAUAUUUAAAUAUAUAUAUAAUAUCUUUACUUUAGCUCUAUUUAUAAAUUGAAAUCUAAUUGA